AGAGAACAAACAAGGAGAAUGGUCUUGGAAAAGGGAUGAGUGUAAGAGACAGGGUGACCCCUAAUCCUCAGAACAAGCAGAAACAUCAGUCUGUCAGUUACACAUGUUUUAUUUCAAACUGGUUGCCAGAUUGGAAGGCCGAUGACAUCAUAGGCAUCCGCUCCUCCUGAUUGGAGGAGAGACACUCCAUGGUGGCAGGCAGCUCGGUGGACAACAGCAUCUUCUUGGAGUUUUCCUCCACUCUUGACUUCUCCCUAGAUGGGGGAAGGGACGCCAGGCGUGGAUUCAGCCAGAGUCCAGGAGGAGGGCGGGAGAGAUCAGAGUCUGGGAUUUGUGGAAGGGAGAAUACAGGUUGGGAGAAUCGUGACUGCUGGCCAACUGUCAUUGUGUUCUGAGGAACAGAGCCCUCAGCCUGGCAUCACCAGGCCCUCACCUGGGGUGGUGGUAGAUGGGGAGAGCUCAGGACUGGCAGAACCAAGGGUGGAAGCCACUCCCCAGCCUCCAUCCAGCAUCCAAAAGAGGAAGAGGGACGAGUCAUUAGAUUCUGAGGAUGACCUGGCAGAGCUAUUUGAACCUGAUCCCCAGCCAGUGUGGUCAGUGGAGAUGCUGUGCGGACUUAGGAUGAGGCUGAAGAGGCGACGUGUGUCUACAGUGAGGCCUGAACACCACAAGGUCUUCACCAAGCUGCUCGAGGAUCCUGUGGUGAAAAAAUUCCUGACCUGGGACAAGAUGCUGAGGGUGUCAGACAAGUACCUCCUGUCUAUGGUCAUAGCUUAUUUCAGCCGCGCUGGGCUCUUCUCCUGGCAGUACAGGCCCAUCCACUUCUUCCUGGCUCUAUCCAGGCUUACAAUCCAGACCUUUGGGUGUGGGCACGAGAUCGCACCAACCUGACCUAGAACCCUAAGACUAUGGAGGCCUGAGAUCAUCGGCCUGAGGAAAAUCCCUGUGUCCGAAGGAGAUGCUCUAUGCCAACAUUAAGACUGCUGGGGGAAAGGAGAGAGGACUGACUAUCUUCCAUGGGAAACCUAGAAGAACCCAGACUCUUCCAGAAGGAGUGGGAUGGAAUCACCACACUGCGCUCCUGGGAGCUGGGACCCUUGUAGGAGUCUCUGGAGAGGCCAUGAGAAAUCAGGAUUCCUCCAGGCUCCAUGCUUUCCAGAGGCACCAUCUAAAUGUUAUCCCGAAUGUCCUCGGUCCCCACCUCCCAACUGUAGCAGCUGAAGGUCCGUGGUUUCCUGUAAUUGGUCUCCACUGCUCAGGCCAUUUGAAGGAGGCACCUCAGGGCUCAGAUGUGGAGGGAACUACCUUCAAAAUACAGUAUUUGAUUUAUAUAGUUGUAAUAACUUUAACACAUCACAAAUGUUAUUGAAAUAUUAGUAUAUGUUAUAUUAUUAAUAAUCCUUAUCGUUAUAUGUUGACUACAGAAUAAUUAGCAUAUUAAAUAUUUAAUGAUAGUUCCUGUUUUGAGAAUGCCGUUUUUAUAUUUUAUAAUGCCUCUCAUAAUGUUUAUAUAUACAUAGAUAUUUCACUCACUAGAGGAUUUUUAUUUUUUUUAUCUAUUAUAUUUCUUUUUUAUCUAUUAUACUUAUGUGUCUAUUUGUCUUACAUCUAGGUAAUAUAACCUUAGAUCAUUAUGAAUAUGUUUUUAUUUCUUUGAUAUUUCCUCUCCAUUAUUGAAUGUGACUAUUGAGCUGUGGUACUUUCAACCACUUGAACAUGUUUGCAUAUUACUUUCAAGAGGGCUUGUGUUUAAAAGAGAAUCCAUGUUACAAGCUCCUUGCACUGUGGACAGACAAUAAAGAUGAAAUGUGUUUCAUUUUCUAUAUGUAAGCUA